CGCAUGAAAUAUUGAGAGCACUGGAGCUUCCGUUUCAGACACAGAGUGGAAGGGGAGAAGAGCCUAGAGGCCAGCAGACAGAACAAGACGCGGAAAAGAAGUGGGAGGGAGACACUUGAGCAGGGAUGGAGGAAGAAAGCGAGGCAACGUCUGUCCAGGCAGAAAAACUGACUGAAAACUGCAGUGAGGAAAUCGAGUCUAAAAGUAUCCAGACACCAGAGGAAACCAGCAGGAAUAACAGUAGAGUUUGUGAUGAAGAGAUUUUAGAGGAACAAUGCAGCAGUGUUGCAGAAACAUUGGCGCAGGAAGCUAUGAUAGCUAUAGCCUCACAGGGCGAGGAGGACUACCUCCCAGAGAGCCACCUGUCAACAGGGGAGGACAUGAGCCCCCCAUCAGUGUCAUCUUAUCCCUCCACCAUACAAAGUGUCCCAUGUGAGCCUUGCUGGUAUUGUCUGAGGUCUCUAGACUCAGAGUCUCAUCCCAGAGUUACUAAACAGGAGGAAAACUUGGAUCCUAAAUCACCUCUGCCGUCUAGUGGCCAGAAAAUGAACUACCAGACAGAUCCCCGACCUCACUUUGGUGUGGCCUGUUCCUCCCACUCCACAUGUCGCCCCCUGUGGGGCAGCGAGGGGCCUUGCUGGGGACACAGAAACCAGGAGAUGGUCGAUCAGACAGACACCUGUCCACACUGCCACCUGGGCUUGCCCCCCGACACACUGCGCUGGCAUGAGGCAAAGUGUCUUCUGUUUGAUGGGCCGAGGAGCUCGAAGAAAGAAAAUUAACCACUGUGAAAGAAAAAUGCGACUUUUAUAUUUCUGCAUUAAUCUUCUGUAUUACAAAAUUCUCAGGAAAAUCUUUGCAUCCUGGGGUGUUGUGUAGUUUCCUUCAGAUAAAUAAAUUGUUUAGUAGGCAUGAAACAUUAUGUCUAUUCCAUAUGACAAUUUGACUUAAUGUUUAAUUCAUUUAAUCCAUCAGUCAAGUCUUUACUAUCCUCCGUUAAAUAUAGAAUAGUUACAUAUUUUUGUAUUCAUCAUUUGUUAGAAGAUCACCAUUUUUCACUUUCCUUGUACAUUACAUUUAAAAUGUCAAAUUUUCAGAUCUUUUUGCAUUACCUUAUAUAAAGAAGUGAAAGCUCCAUUUGAAGAAAUAAAAGGUAAUUAAAAUUAAUAAAAAUAUUCAAAUAAUUGUGUUAUUUUUUCUAUUGUCAAUCACCUUUUGUUGUGGUGGAAUAAGUCCCAGGAGCAGACAGGAGAACUGACGUCUCAUAUUUAUGGUGAGAUUAUUUGAAAAAGAACUUACAACAGCUGGCAGAAACACAAGAGGAACUGGAGAAAGCAGGGAAAGACAAUGACAGGCUGAACAACAGGUAGGGCAA